AUGGCUGGCUGGAUUCUGGGGUCUGCAUCUUUGACUUCCACUUCAGCUUUCCUCCAAGUAUUCCCUCCACAUUCACCAGCAAAAUUGUCUGUAUCUCCUACUUUGUUCAAGGGACUUGCUGCAGCCACCAAAUUGCCUUAGCUAAAGAGGAGAGAUGUUUACUGUUGCAAGGAACUGCUGGUGACCACAGAAGACACAUGAAAGACACGGACCCACUGGUGGUGGAAGCUAGGAAGGAUGUAAUUUAUUUCUGCUGCUUCAGUCAUGGCUCUGUGAUCCUUCAGAUUUUCCUGAAGAAAAACAUAUUUUGCCCUGGUGACACCAUUGUCUUCAUGACACAUACUGCCAAAAGGACAUGCAAGUAUGUUAGAAAAGUAAUUUUUGCUGUACACUGCAUCGACCUGGAUAGUGGCUUCAGAGGCAGGGGAGAACAAUGCUCCUUGAAAGACUGA